UGGUGGUUGUUAAUUUUUUGCGCGUUGGUCUCAUGGACAAAGUCCGAGCUGGUGUUAUUAUCAACGAGAAAGGUUGUGGUAUUCUCCACAUUAAGUGAAUUAUUAGGAGAACAUGUUAUUCCAGCCACUCGACGUCCAGAUGGCACUUGGAGAAAAGAAAUAAAAGUGAAAGCGGGCUAUAUUCCUCAAGAGGAAGUACCUGCGUAUCUCCCAAAACCCGUGGAACAAAUACGUGAGAAACGGGAGAAGUUUGUUAUCCCCGGUUUAUCUAAGGAGGAUGCUGCUGAAAUAACUCGCCAACGAAGAGCCGCUGAGGCGGCUUCAAAGAAAUUGGAAUCCUCUACUACUAAAAAACGCACUUCGAAAAAAAAGGCCGCUUCCAGUGCAACCGCUAAAACCAAACCGGUAGAAGAUGAGUCUGCGAAGUGUCAGUCUUCUGAGCCAGUUGAUUCUGAAAUGACGAAAGAAGGAGAAGCGGAGAAAUUAAAGCGUCAACUAAGGACCGAACAGAAGCGAUUGCGACAGAUCGCAGAGCUAUCCGAGAGGGCUGCAUCUGGUGAGAAACUGAACCCUGAUCAGCUAGCGAAGCUAGCCCGGCGAACUGAAGUUGAGGCUCUGGUCGCAAUGCUUCAGGCCUCUUGUUCCUUCUAUUAUAGAGUGCAGGUUGAAAAAUCCGGUAUUUAUCCUGAUCAGUUCCAAAAUCGGUCCCACCAAGAAGCUUUACUAAUGUUAUCGAAGGCGCAACACAAAAACUUUGGCAGUGUUUCCUCUCAAGAUGUCAUAAAUCAGACGAAUGCCUUACGAAAGCAAGUGGGGCAGUUGUACGGCACAAGCCAGGUAUCUGCUGCUUUUUAUAAACGUCAAAUGGCCAUGUUUAGCCCACCGCAGUCUCAGCAACAAUUCUCAUCAAGGAAUUUGGCCGAGGUUGCUGUCAGUAGUCUUCUGGGGAACCGAGAACUUAGCGCGCAAGAACUUCAAAGCAUUUCAAAAUACCUUGCUGAAUUUGGCGCUGCAAGCGGAAAGCUUCAGUCAGCUGACAUCAUAAAUGCAGUCAAUGCCGGCACUAUGUCCGCCUUCUUGAAUAACCCGAAAUUGGCUGCGGCCGUAGCGGCAUCCCUCGGUUCUGCUACCCGCGUCUCAGCCGCAACUAGCGUCUCUACUUCCUCGUCAACUUCCGCCCCUCUCACCACUGUAGGCGGCGGCACUUUUCUACCCCCCGCACCCACCGGUUAUCGAGGGAGCAUUACAACAGGCCAAUCAGCUCAGCAGAUUCAGCUGGCUCAACAGCUUGCCGCUCAGCAGCAAGCUGCUGCGCUCUACGCGAGCCGCGUUGCUCCACAAUCACAACAUGACUACACAACGAAUGGAUAA